AGGCGGCAGUAGCUGGCUUCAGCUCAACCACUAAACUGCGAAGAAGCCGUGGAUUUGUCGCCUACUUACAAGGCGCUUAGGCCUCAUACACGGCCCGUGGUUCCUCCUCAAAGCAAAAAGACUCCCUCUUGGUACGAGCGCCACCUACUUCAUAACUUUCUUUGGCUACUGAUAAGAAAAUAAGAGAGCCCCUAUGUGGGGUUCUUCUAUCCACUCAAUUUAUCUCCCACUUGUGAUCUAUCAAUCUCUGCUAAAGCGGUUAAUUUCCAUGUUAAUGACCUGUAUGAAGCUCAUUGAAUUCUCUCUUCGUGGUUCUACUUCCAUACCCAUCUUUUAUUUUGUGCACAUUAGGUGUUUGAUGAUAUGUCUAUGAGAAGUUGAGUGGUUUUUUGAGCUGGGUUUGUCGAUUUUUGCUUGAUAUUUGGUGGGUUUAGAUUUCUGGGUCUGACUAGGAAUGAUGUCUGUCAUAUGCCAGACCCUUGAUUUUGGAAGGCAUGUUUUGGAUUAUGUUGCUUGUGAUUGUUCUUCCAAUACUCCAUUGGAUCGAUAUACGAUUAGGAGUCACGUUAAACCGUGUACUAAGAGUAGAAAGAGGCGACACCAAACUCGAACUUUGGUUUGUUCCCGUCGAAACGUUGGCCAGUGCAGAGUGUUUUCAACCACGAAAUCGGAAACUGCAUUGAAUGGCAUUACUGGUGGCCCUCAACCAUUCUUAGAACUGAGGAAGGAGUCCAAAAGCCCAAUCUCGUCGACAAAUUUGUUUGAAGUUGUAGCCGAUGAUCUCCAGAAGCUUAACCAAAAUCUUCUGUCUAUGGUUGGUAAGGAAAACCCAGCCCUGGUAUCUGCUGCUCAGCGGAUAUUUGGUGCUGGAGGGAAGAGGAUGAGACCAGCUCUAGUAUUCCUGGUGUCAAGAGCAACAGCCGGAUUAGUUGGGUUAGAGGACCUCACUGUCGAGCAUCGGCGUUUGGCAGAGAUCAUUGAAAUGAUCCACACUGCAAGCUUGAUACAUGAUGAUGUAUUAGACGAUAGUGAUAUGAGGAGAGGGAAGGAAACCUUGCAUCAAUUAUACGGUACCAGAGUGGCGGUGCUGGCUGGAGAUUUCAUGUUUGCACAGUCGUCGUGGUGUCUUGCUAAUCUCGAAAACCUCGAAGUCAUUAAGCUUAUCAGUCAGGUUAUUAAAGAUUUUGCAAGUGGUGAAAUAAAGCAGGCAUCAAGCCUGUUUGAUUGUGAAGUUGAACUGGAAGAAUAUUUGAUCAAAAGCUAUUAUAAAACAGCUUCCUUGAUUGCUGCCAGUACCAAAGGUGCUGCAAUCUUUAGUGGGGUUGAUCGUGAUACGACGAAGAAGAUGUACGAGUACGGGCGGAAUCUCGGUCUCUCAUUCCAAAUUGUCGAUGACAUAUUGGACUUUACGCAAUCAACAAAGCAGCUUGGGAAGCCAGCAGGAAGUGAUCUAGCUAAAGGAAAUCUUACAGCCCCAGUUAUAUUUGCUCUUGAAAGAGACCCGAAACUGAAAGACAUCAUCGGAUCAGAGUUCAGCGAGCCAGGGUCUCUCGACGAAGCUAUCGGCAUAGUCAAGAGCAGUGGUGGCAUUGAACGAGCGCAGGAACUAGCUAAACAGAAGGCUGAUCUUGCUAUCCAAAACCUACAAUGCCUUCCACCAAGUGCCUUUCGGUCCGCGCUCGAGGAUAUGGUGACGUUUAAUCUAGAACGGAUCGAUUAGUUUAGUUAAGGAACUUACCAAAGGAUAUACAGUCUUCUGCAAUCCCUCAGAAAUCAAAAAAGAGAGUCUCUAUUACCUUUUGCCAUUGGCAUCACACAAGCUCUGCUAUGUUGCUGGCUGGCUGGUUUGUAUAUUGGUUGAAUAUGUUGAGCUGCAAAUAACUGCUCAUAGUAUUAUAUUCACUUAAACAUUUCUUGCAAGUUGUCUG